GAGUCUCUGAAGACAGAGGUCACCUCAUCUGAUUCAAAAUGCCAUGUGUGAGUUCUACUGAGUUUUACUUUGAGAAGAACAAUAAGGAGCACCGAACGGAUGAGAUCAGCAUCAAGAGAUUGAUAGUCAGACGUGGGCUGGAAUUCCGCAUUAGAGUGGACUUCAGUCAAAGUGGUUUCAACAAUGGCAGAAUUGUACUCAUUGCAGAAACAGGAUCUAGACCUUCACAUUCAGCUGGAACCCAGGUUUUGAUUCCACUUUCAAACAGUUUAGAUCCAAAUGAAUGGAGCGCAACCAUGAAGGGGUGUUCCAGCUGUGAAAUGUCACUGAUCAUCAACUCUUCACCGAAUGCCAAGAUUGGUCGUUACACCUUGAAGCUGCACGACGCAACAGAAGAGCAAGCAUACGUGCUGGGAGAAUUCGUUCUGCUUUUUAACCCAUGGUGCUCAGAGGAUGAAGUCUUUCUGGACAAUGCUGAACAGCGAGAAGAGUAUGUGAUGAACGAAACUGGAAUCAUCUUCAUGAAUACAUAUAACAGUAUCUACUCCAACCCUUGGAUCUUUGGACAGUUCGAAGAAGAUAUUGUGGAUAUAUGCCUCAAAUUACUGGACCAAAAUCCCAAAAGUUUAAGAAGCGCAACUGGGGACUAUGAACGAAGAAAUGAUGCUGUUUACAUCAGCAGGGUGGUAUCUAGGAUGGUAAACAGUGCCGAUGAUAAAGGAAUACUUUCAGGACGAUGGGAAGAACCAUAUUAUCCGGAAACAAGGCCUACACAAUGGAUUGGAAGUGUUGAUAUCCUUCGAAAGUGGUUUAGAAGUAACUGCCAGCCAGUUUGUUAUGGACAGUGCUGGGUGUUUGCAGCGGUGGCUUGCACAGUUUUGAGGUGUUUAGGAAUUCCUACACGUGUGGUCACAAACUUUCAAUCUGCGCAUGACACCAAUGGAAACUUAACCAUUGACAAUGUGGUUGAUGAACACGGAAGAACGAUUAGAAACAACAGAGAUAGUAUUUGGAAUUUCCAUGUCUGGAUAGAAGCUUGGAUGGCUCGAAAUGAUCUCAAGUCUGGUUUUGAUGGAUGGCAGGUGCUGGAUCCAACACCACAGGAGAUGAGUCAAGGUGUCUAUUGUUGUGGACCAUCUCCAGUCAAAGCAAUAAAAGAAAGACGACUGAAUGUGAAGUUCGAUGUUCCCUUCGUGUACGCAGAGGUCAAUGCGGAUGUGGUGGACUGGAUCUUCUACAGAGAUGGUAGAAAGGAAAAGACAUCUCUUAAUACCACAAAUGUCGGCCGAAAGAUCAGUACCAAGGCUGUUGGGAGUAGAGAACGUGAGGAUAUCACAGCAAAUUACAAAUACCCUGAGGGCUAUCAUACUCACUGUUUGAUUCACAAUAUUGACGAGCUGAAGCACAAAGAAUUUGUUCCAAAAGAGAAGACAUUCAAUUUGGCUGUGAAGACUGAAGAGUGCAUCUCAGUUGGCAAAAAUAUUUAUGCUCAUGUGUACAUCUACAACAAAAUUGACAAGAAAAUUGAAUGCAAUUUGAACUUCAGUGCUGAAAUAAUAUUGUAUACUGGCAAACCCAUGAAGGAAUGCAAGACAUAUAACAUUAAUGGAAUUGUUGUUGGACCCAAUGAAGAGAAAACUGUCCCUAUAGAACUGACUUACGCUGAUUAUGGAAAAUUGCUUGUCGAACACAGUAUGAUCAAGUUGACAGCUGUUGGAACUGACAGAAGCACAAAUGAAUGUAACUUUGCCACAACAGUCAUCAGUCUGCAAAUUCCAAGCAUUGACAUUAAGCUCCUGGGUGAGCCAGUGCAGUAUCAAAAGGUGAAAGUAGAAAUCUGCAUUGAGAACCCUCUGCUUGUACCUCUGAAACAAGGUGUCUUGACAGUUGGAGGACCUGGACUGAUUGACGUAACCCAGAUAAGAAUUGAUGAGAUCAAAGGCCGUCACAUAUCAGCAGUGUUUGAAAUCACCCCAUGGAAAUCAGGCACUAAGGAACUCUUGGUGGAUUUCGAUUGCGAUCAAAUAAAGGAUGUCAAAGGAUCCAAAACCAUGCUGGUUAGAAGGGCUAUGGUGUGCACGACUCUCCCUCUCAUCUUCUAAGAUAGGCUCAGCUACUCACACAGAUUUAUCAACAUACACGUCGAUUUGCUUUGAUCACGCAUUGUUAAAUUUGGGUAUUAUUGCCAGGCGCUGUCUUCUGUUGGGUUAUCAAGAAAUGCUUUUUCUUAAAAAAUGUCUAUCUCACUAGGUACUCAAACUUUGAAUGUUUCCUCGACUAGGGUGAGGCCAUGGGUCAUUUUCUGUUGAUUCCACUUCUGUAAUAAUAAUUAUAAUAUGUAUAAUAAUCCUUGCAUUUGAUUUAUUGCAUUAUCAUCUCGUGAGAUGUCUGAAAGUGCUGCUGCUCCUACUCCCAUCGUCUAUUAUAUCCCUCCAUUCCCUAAUACUGUCUACUCAUUUAUUUGUCUUUUAAAAUUUAAACUUAGAACCAUUUAAAUCUGAAACCUGAAUUUCUUUUGAAUGUCUUGAAUGUAUACAUUUUUUCUCUCAAUAAAAUGCAUUUAUUGCUUGCAGCAAA